UUUCUUCACAAAAGCGACAGACUCCCCAAAAAAAAAAAAAAAAAAAAAAAAAGAUUGAAUUGGCUCGGCGAACAGACUGAUCGGAUUGUUGAUACAGUUCUCCGGCGACGAUAACCCCGACCCUCGGAAAUCGGAGCAUCGUAAUCCUAUAACAACCGACAAUGUCUUCGCUAGCAGCUGCAAGGGCAGACAACUUUUACUAUCCCCCAGAAUGGACCCCAAAUCAGGGUUCUUUGAACAAGUUUCAUGGUCAACAUGCUUUAAGGGAGAGAGCAAGAAAACUUGACCAGGGUAUCUUGAUCAUAAGGUUUGAGAUGCCUUUUAACAUAUGGUGUGGUGGAUGCAAUUCCAUGAUUGCAAAGGGUGUUCGAUUCAAUGCAGAAAAGAAGCAAGUGGGAAAUUACUAUUCUACAAAGAUAUGGAGCUUUACUAUGAAGUCUGCGUGCUGUAAACAUGAGAUUGUUAUUCAAACAGAUCCAAAGAAUUGUGAGUAUGUUAUUAUCAGUGGUGCGACAAAAAAGACUGAGGAGUAUGACAUUGAGGAUGCUGAAACCUUUGCACUACCUGCUGAUGAAGAAAGAGGUAAGCUAGCGGAUCCUUUUUACCGUCUUGAACACCAAGAAGAGGAUUUGAAGAAGAAGAAAGAAGCAGAGCCAGUUUUAGUGCGCCUACAGAGAUUCUCUGAUGCCAGGCACUCAGAUGACUAUUCCCUUAAUAAAGCGCUCCGAGCCCAACUUAGGGGUCAAAAGAAAAGAGUUGCUGAAGAAGAGUCUGCAUCUAAGAAAAUGGGCCUUGGCAUAAGACUACUGCCUGCUGCUAAAGAGGAUACUGCUGCUGCUGCACAUGUAAAGUUCUCCUCAAAAUUUGAGAAAAAUAGGAAGAACAAGCGGGCUUUGAUCCAAGCUUCUUCGAUAUUUCCCAGGCAAUCUGGUUCUUCCACUUCUAAUAAACAAUUGGAAUUGGAAUCCAAGAGAAGGAAAAUAAGUGCCGCAGCAGCUUCCAAUUUACUUGUAGGGGGAUUCAAGCCAUCAGCAUGGUCACAAGGCGCUGUUCCUUCCAGAAAGCAAAAGGGUAUUUCUAUCACAGGCAGACACUCCUAAGUUUUAACUUCCCUCCAAAUUUCAACUUUAGGAAUGUUACCUAUGUAGCUUGUAUAAACAAUAUAAUGUUCAAAUAAACUUUUCUUGAAUCAAAUUGAUAAACAGAUGAAAGAUAUCAUUGUAAAUAAUUUACUUUCAGAUUGAAUAUGUCGCUUGUAUUAUAUUAUGUUUUUA